AAGAAAUUGAAUGAAACAGAAAAAACGAGAACCAGAGUGAGUCACGUAACAGAAAUCCUCCCCUCAAACAAGUAAACAACAAUGGUGGCUCACUCUCUCUCCAUUUUCUCUCCACUCCCUUCAACUUCUUCUCCUUCAUCCACAACAUCUGACUCUUUCUCUUUCCCUCAUUUCUCCAAUUUCUCUCGUCGAAACCCUAAAUCUUCUUCCUCACUCUUUCUCUCUCCUCCUCGAGCUUCCUCCUUCAAAUCUCCGUUGUCAACGUUGUCGGAAAAUGAUUCGCCGGAACAAUUCUUUCAGAACAACUCCAUCGCUGAUUUCAUGAGGUUUCGCAAACGCUCUGAUGGUGUUGAUGGUGAAUUGCAAACUGCUGUUGUUAGUUUUCGCAAGAAGUUCCCUUGGUCUCUUUUACGCCCUUUUCUGAAGGUUGAUUUAGUUUCCACUAUUCACAUUGCAGAUAAAGAAUAUUUUGAAAAUUUGCAGAAGGAACUUGAGCCCUAUGACUGUGUCCUCUAUGAGAUGGUGGCUAGCAGAGAGAGUUUAGAAAAUCGUCGAUAUGCUGCGGCUAAAAGGAGGCUUAAAUCUUCACGUUCUCGAGGCUUUAACAUUCUUGGAUUUAUUCAAAGACAGAUGGCUCGGAUUCUUAUGCUUGAUUUCCAGUUAGAUUGUCUUGAUUACCAGGCGGAGAACUGGUACCAUGCUGACUUGGAUUUUGAGACCUUCAGGUCAUUACAGAUGGAAAGAGGUGAAAGUAUAUUCACAUUUGCAAGAGAUAUGACCCUCAAAUCGACAAAAGCCUUGAUGCAACCAGAAAUUCCAGAAAAUCUUGACCCAUGGAGAUCCAAGCUUUUGUGGGCAUCCCGUGUACUUCCAAUGCCACUUGUGGGCCUUCUUAUUAUCGGAGGUAUGUGUACUGAUGUUGGAGGCCAGGUAUCAGAAUACCCCGAGCUUGAUGCUUUGUCUAGGCUUGAUUUUGGUGCUGCAAUGAAAGUUUUCCUGGCAAAGCGCCUCACCUCUGAGUUCACACAAGACACAGCAGAUGUUGAGGAAAAAUCAGUUAUCAUUGGUGAGAGAAACAAGGCAGCAAUAGAUGCACUUGAAAGGGCUAUGGAUGAAGGCCACAAUAAGAUAGCCAUACUGUAUGGAGGUGGGCAUAUGCCAGAUUUAGGGAGGCGGUUGAGGGAGGAAUUUGACUUGGUUCCAAGUGAAGUUCAAUGGGUAACUGCGUGGACUAUAAGGAAACGAGAUUUACAAAGCAAUUCGUUCCCAUUUCUGAAGACCAUGGCUGAAAUUUUGGGAUGGCCUUUAAACCGGUACCAAACAUUAGCGCUCCUUAUCUUUUCCUCCGUUCUUGCGUUGGAUCUUUGGUUUUGGGAGCUGUUCUUCGGAACUGCUGCUGAUUGGGUCUCGCAAGUUGCAGCAGAAGCUGCGCAGUAUAUAAGCAAUUGACUAAUGAUAUAACAUGAUGAUUAGAUGGGGUGUGACAAAGUUGUUAAUAGUAAAUGGGCGGUCCCAUAUACGCUUGUGUAAAUAUUGCUGCAAUUUACAGAAGUAGUGAUAGAAACAAUCAUUUGGAAGCCAAACAUGGCAGAAUGACAUUUUCAUUUACCUGUAGGAGUACUGGUCUCCUUAUUGUAAUAGCUACUUUUGAUAGUGUCUCAAAGAACAAGACUACUGUAAAUCGAAUAUACUAUUUUAUACAAAUUGCUUGGUUUAGCGAUA